AUGGCUUCCAACCUGGCUGCCCUUCCCGAGUCGUUCUCGAGCGUGGAAGACCCGACUACUCAGCAGCCCAGGCCCACGGUCACAUGGAACCUGGGCUCGUCCACGGCGUCUGCGGCCGCCGUCCAGGCGACCACCAGUUCCCGUACCAACCCGGCCUCGGCCUUCGUCCGGCGCAAUAAGCUCGGCAGCUGCCCCGAAGUCAACGCAGGGGCCCGGCCUCAGAUCUGCUUCCUGCGGCCGCGGACCGCGAAGCCGCUGGUGCUUUUCAGCUUAAUGAAUGCCAGUGAAGCAGCGGUGAAAAAAUUUUUACCCAAGAGCCGCUUAUCUCGAGUGAUUACUCGUGACAACCUCUGUGCACAACGAAUCUAUGAGAUGGAGAUAAGAGCUUCAGACAAGACCAAGAAAAAGAUGGGCCACUUGUAUGACCACCUGAAAAAAAAGUUCAUGAUGGAGCAGCUCAGAAAGCUGGGGCGCUGGAGACGGGAAUUCCUGAACAUCCAGCAGUACCUGGAUAGUAUCCGAGGGUGUGAGUUCCAGCUGCAAUUCCAUCCUAACAAGAAAAGGCGGCCACCCUAGUCGAGGCAGAAUGAUCUGCCCCAGAGCUAUGACGACACUAGGGUGAAGGGAGAAAAAGAGCUAGAAACCAGCCAGCCUACACUGUUGUAGAACAACAAUAAACCCAGGCGAGCGGACAAUG